AUGCCGCCCAAUCGAACGGUGUCUUCCAUGGCGGAGGCGAUGGAUUAUGAAGCGGAAGUCGGGCUCCCGCUGGUGAUCAGACCGGCGUACACUCUGGGAGGCACCGGUGGCGGGAUCGCCAACACUCCCGACGAGUUCAGAUCAAUAGUAGAUAGCGGAUUGUCGGCCAGCCCCAUCAGCCAGGUUUUAUUGGAGCGUUCGCUGGUUGGGUGGAAAGAGAUCGAAUACGAGGUUAUCCGCGACGGCGCGGAUAAUUGCAUCACCGUUUGCAACAUGGAAAACCUCGAUCCGAUGGGCGCCCAUACCGGUGACAGCAUUGUCGUAGCGCCCAGCCAGACGCUUACCGACAAAGAGUACCAGAUGCUGCGCACUGCCAGCCUCAAAAUCAUCAGGGGUUUGGGUAUCGAAGGUGGGUGCAACAUUCAGCUGGCGUCGCGACCCCAUCCGGACGCCUAUUACGUUAUCGAGGUCAAUCCCCGGGUGAGCCGCUCUUCGGCGUUGGCCAGCAAAGCCACCGGUUACCCCAUCGCGCGUGUGUCCGCCAAAAUCGCCGUGGGGAAACGCCUUGACGAGAUUCCAAACGAAGUUACCGGGACGACCGGCGCCGCCUUCGAACCUGCGCUGGACUAUUGCGUUGUAAAGAUUCCACGCUGGCCGUUCGACAAGUUUCCCAACGGAGACCGCCACAUAACCACGCAAAUGAAGGCGACCGGCGAGGUGAUGGCGAUUGACCGCAGUUUUGAAGCCGCGCUGCAAAAGGCCGUCCGGUCAUUGGAGCAGGGAGGCUCCCGAGUGGCGCGGAAUGAACGCAAAAACUGGCGAAAAGCAGUUGCUGGAUUCAUUGCCGCUGUACCCAACGACCUGCGUUUGUGGGCCGUGGCCGCCGCCUUGCGACGGGGGGCAACCCGUACCGAGCUGGUGGCUCAAACCAGCAUAGACCCGUGGUUUAUCGCCGCUCUGGAGCGCAUCGUCGACCAGGAGCGCAGAUUGUUGGGCAAUCCGCUGACGCCGGCAGUGUUGUGGACUUCGAAACGGUUGGGAUUCUCUGACUCUGCGAUCGCCACGCUUUCCGGGUUACUGCCUGAACAGGUUAGGCAGCUGAGGCUUCAACACGGUAUUAAACCCGUUUUCAAGAUGGUGGAUACGUGCGCCGCAGAGUUCGAGGCGCGUACGCCGUACUAUUACAGCGCAUACGACACGGAGAACGAGGCUCCGCCUCUGGAGGGUCCGAAGGCCGUGGUGCUUGGUUCCGGACCCAUCCGUAUCGGUCAGGGGAUAGAGUUUGAUUACUGCAGCGUGCAUGCAGCAUGGGCGUUGUCCGAAGCCGGCGUUGCCAGCAUCAUGAUCAACUCCAAUCCUGAGACCGUAUCCACAGAUUUUGACACCAGCGACCGCCUGUACUUCGAGCCGCUGGACGAGGAAGCAAUUCGCGACAUUCUGGACAACGAGACGAUAGACGAUAAACCGCCGGCCUCAUUGGUUCAGUUCGGCGGGCAGACGGCCAUCAACCUGUCUCAGUCUUUGGCGGCAGUCGGUUUGCCGAUAUUGGGUUCCAGCGCAGAAGCUAUCGAUAUCGCCAGCGAUCGGCAACGAUUCGAACGUUUCCUGGACAACCUCGGCAUUCCGCAGCCGCCCGGCGCGACCGUAGCAUCGAUUGCUCAGGCGCUGACGGUGGCCCAGAGAAUAGAUUAUCCGGUCGUAGUUCGUCCGAGUUAUGUUCUGGGUGGCAGGGCAAUGGAAAUAGUUGGCAAUGCCACGGAGUUGAUCCGUUAUCUGACCAUAGCCACCGAAGUAACGCCCGAACGCCAGGUUUUGGUCGACCACUACAUCGAGGGCCGCGAAUGCGAGGUCGACGCUAUCUGUGACGGUGAAACGGUGUUGAUUCCCGGGAUUAUGGAGCACGUGGAACGCGCCGGGGUCCACAGCGGAGAUUCGAUGGCCAUAUAUCCCGGCUUGAAUCUGACGGAGGGAGAGGUCGAUACGCUGGUAGAGUACACCACACGCAUCGGAUUGGCCCUCGGCAUCCGCGGGUUGAUGAAUAUCCAGUUCGUUUUGCAGGGGCCCCAACCUGAGGAGGAAACCACCGUCUACGUUUUGGAAGUCAAUCCCAGGGGUAGCCGGACCAUCCCCUUCAUUUCCAAGGUAACGGGUGUUCCGGUGGCCAAACUCGCCACCCGUGUCAUGUUGGGCGCCACGCUGCAGGAACUUGGAUACUCCGGCGGAUUGUGGCCCAAACAGCGCCUGGUCGGAAUCAAAGCACCCGUGUUCUCAAUGUCCAAGUUGUCUGGUGUUGACUGGUACAUGGGGCCGGAGAUGAAAUCGACCGGUGAGGUUAUGGGCGUGGACCGUAAUUUCGCCGCAGCAUUGACCAAAGCAUUACAGGCAGCCAGCAUUAACCUUUCGCCGGGAAUGGGCGUACUGCUCAGCAUCUCCGACCAGACCAAGGCGGACUCGUUGUCCUUGAUCCAGGGAUUAGCCGCCGCAAAUUGUCAACUUUACGCAACCGAAGGCACUGCUGCCAUGAUCAAUGCCAUGGGCCUGCCGGUAACGACAAUUACGAAGCGGAUUGGCGAAGGUUCUCCGGAUGUGCUGGACGUGAUUAACGACGGCACCGUGGGCGCUGUCGUGAACACGUUGUCCGGAGACACGUCGGUGAUGGAAGAUGGCUUUUAUAUCCGCCGGGCCGCCGUGGAGCGACGUAUCCCGUGCUUCACGUCACUGGAUACCGCCCGGGCGGCGAUGGAAAGCAUGCUCAGCGGCCUGGAUAAUUACAACAUCCUAACCACCGAAGAAUAUCUCAACACCCCUGGGCCAUAA